UUACUUAUAGGUCGAGUGCCUUGUUUAGCGCUCAGUAUCUAUUAUCCAGCUAAUUCAUUUAAUGUUUGACCUUUGCGCUAGGGAUGUUCAACAUGCCAUCGAGUACUAUGUAUUGUACGAAAAGGGAGAUCACAACCGUCCGACGGUUAAAAAGUGCUAUCCCACUAAUCUAUCUGAGGUAUAUACUGAACGUAUAAUAGAAUUUGCAUUUUGUUGUAAUAAACGUUCCACUGUUGAAGAGUUUGUAAUUAUAUUCACCGAUGCCAAGGGAGUAUUGGAAUUCGUUUUCUGCUACCAACCGAAUGAAAAGUUUCUGCUCUGUAUAUCUAGCAAACUUCCUUGGUGCGAAUGUUUCCAUUCUCUGCUAAGUAUUUUAUGGCGUCAUGGACUUUAUCGUGAUACUCACUGGUCAAUUAUGGAACCAUUUUUCUCACACCUGUACUCUACAACUCCACCUCAUUUACCCACUGAUCGAAUCCAGUGUGCAAAUCCAUUUAAUCCAUCAAUGGGUUUUGUGCUUCGGAUCCCAACGUCUCAAUCUCCACAUUACCUAAACUAUGUCAUGGAAUACUAUAACGCAUUGGAUCUUUCACUAUGGAUACACAUAUUUGUCAGUUUGCUGUUGGAACGUAGUCUACUGUUUUGCUCAAGACGAUUGACAAAAUUGACAGCUUGUGUCAUGACUGCAGUUUCCUUGUUGUAUCCUAUUCGGUGGGCUCAUUCUUUCUACCCCUUGAUUCCUGACAAAGUGCUUGGUGUUUUGGAAUGUCCAGUUCCAUUUGUUGCCGGAAUACACAUUUGCAAUUUAGAUAAGGCUAAACAGUAUUUGAGUGCAGGCACGCGACUAAUCGAUUUGGAUAUGGGUAGGAUUUCUGUAUAUGAACCGUCCACCGAUAUGUUACAAAAUGACCAAACGAAUAUGGAAUUUGGUACACCGAAAGCAAUAUUUAGCUUUUUGCAUCAUCAAUUAAAGGAAGUUCAACGACAAUUGAAUGUAUCAAUGAACUCAAAAAAACAAGUCGAUGGAGAAAUAUUGGACUGUUUUGAAAAGUUGACUCAUCCAUUUUUUGAAUUAAUUGUGAAUCUUUUAGGUUGUUAUACUGAGUGUUUAGUUGAAGAAGAUUCUGAUCCAGGCGUGGACUUAGAUGCUCUUGUUGCCUGUCAAUCUUGUCCUGGUCUAGAGUCUUUUCUUAGAGCCAUGCUCGAAUCUCAAACUAUCCAGUUGUUCUUAGAUCAACGUUCAAGACAACCACCGGAUAAAACAGUUGAUUCAUUUGAAUAUAGAGCAUGUGAAUUACGUGAUCAUGCAAAACAUAUCUAUCAGUAUAAAACCUCUGUAUCAAUUGCUCCAAUUUUUACAACUUCCCUGUCAAACAUUACAUUGAAUUCUGCUAAAUGUGAAAUGAAAAUUGGGCGGAAAAAAAUCAAUUUUGGCAGUCCUGAAUGGUUGCGUGCUAAAAAAUUAAAAAAUCCUGGACGUAUUUGUCAUACUGGAUUAAUAGAUACAAGUAAACGUGUGAAAUCUGAGGCCUCAUUCAACUGGAAUAUUUUAUCACGAAAGGCUGAGCAAACUCUUUCCUCCUGGAAAAGCAGUCAUUUGGGCUCAAUAGAUAUGCACCCUCAACAUGCACCAAUAAUGUCGCGUAUGCAGGAUAUAAAUUAUCCAUCGUUUCAAAGUCGUCCCAAUUCAGAUUUUGCACAUACAUCUCCCAACUUUCGCUCAGAAACUAUUCCCAGUAGAUAUAAUCAGUUGGAGGGAAAGAGGAUCGUUAGUCAUUAUGAUAAAGAUAUUUAUUUACACGGACAAAGCGUAACCACUGGUUCACUCGGGGCUUUACCUCAGUCGCCUACUACACGACAGUCUUAUAAUGUAUCACAUGUUGAGUACAGCAAGCAGAAACGGCGUGAUCCACCUCCGCGACCUCCUCCACCGCGUCUAUCGACCAUACGAUUGAAUAAUUAUGACAAUAUGGAACCACAUAAUUCAAGCGACAAACAGACUCUACUCUUAUCAAAAGAUAACAUGACAACUCCUUCAAAAUCGGAUUAUGUUGUUUCACCAUGCUAUGAUGGGACUCAUUCACUUAAUUAUGUCCGACGUAAAACAUGCCCGUCUACUGACAGUUUUCCUCCUCCACUACCUCCACGUCCAGUUGCAUUGUCUCCUAAUCUGCAUAAUCUUCCUACUUCAUCUGUUCAUUAUCCAGAACAAGCUUCUAAAAAGCCUAUAAAUGUUUAUCUGCGUAACGGUAGUAUGAAUUUCGGUCAUCAAAAUGGAACAUCACUUUGUCGACCACUUAAAAUACCUAUAACAAACAGUCAGUCCAAUGAACAUGGCCGUUACUAUCUUAACGGCAGUGGUGUUCUAACCGCUAGUACUAAUAUGACAGCCGCUCCACCACCACUACCGCCUAGGAAAGCCAAUUCACAAGUACUAUUCUCUCAGUUAAUACCUAAUUCAUAUUCAUUGAAGUCUAUCAUAUCUGAAUCAAAUCCUAAUUUAAUGAAGACAAGAGCUGAAAAUAUAGAGAAUAACGAAUCAGACCGACAAUUAUCGUUGUGUGAGCGUAGAGCAAGACGAUUCCUUAGCAUAAACGACAAAGAUUUGCAAACGUAUCCAAUAAAAAUGACUCUUCCUAUGCAGUUACCAACAAACAUUAUUUCACAACCACAGUCUCCAAAAGUCGAAUCUUAUAAUGAACAAGGAUCAAAUGAGUCUGUAUCACGAAUUAUACAAGAAUUAUCACUUGAUUUCGACAAAACCAAAUGUGACACUUCAUCUCUGUCAACUACCACCACCAUUCACAGUCGGUCUCGUUCAUUAUCAUAUCAUUCUGCAACAGAAACAAGACUCGAUCAAAUCAGUCUGUCAGCGAAAAGCUCAGUACCUGAUUUGUUAUCGUUAACUAAAAGAUUGUCAUUCGGUACCGGUGAUGAUGACACAUCUAGUGGUGAACAUAGAUUACUGGUUCGACUCAAAUAUGCUACUAUUUCACCUCGAAAAAGAAGCAGAUCAAUUGCAACUGUUCAACCAAACUUAAAGUUGCAUCAUGCUCACACUUAUUCCUCAUCUUAUCAACGAACAGGUAGUUUAUUCAGAGUGAAAUCUAUGAUUGAUUCAACUAAUGCUGCUUGCCCUGAAUCACAUUUAGCAAGUGGGGAUUAUUAGAUCAAAAUAAAAUAAAAUAUUAGACUAGAAUAUCGGAAGAUAUAUAUAUAUAUAUAUAUGAAGGAAGUUGAUCACAUUGUACUAAUGAUCCUCUUAAAUAAAGUAACCUGUCAAAGUCCACCUAGUUAGUUAGUCAGUUAAUCAGUAUAAGUUGUGCAUAUUUUACUAUCAGCUUCAGUUUCGCAUUUUUAAAAACAACUUUAUUGAAAGUUGCUGCGCUGUUCGUCAUACAUACACACAUUCGGGACUAAUUACCAUAACAAUGCAAAAAAAAACGGGAAGACAAACACAAAUAAACAAGAUAUUACUUGUCUAAUUUAUUUUGUCAUACUCCUUCACUUCACUGUUGAUGAUGUAAUCAGUUCACAUAAUUAAUGAAUAAUUAAUUAUACUGUGAUAGAUAUGUACAUUCAGAAAACUACCACUACUAUAAUAAUAAUAACAAAACAACAACAGUAUAAUAGCGAUAAUAAUAAUAAUAAAGACUUAUUACAUUUCUCACUGCUUCACAGUAUAUACGUAUUCUUUCAUUCUGUUGUAUAUAAACACAUACAAAGAUAGACAUAUAACAUGUCACUAUCGAAACAGCACAAAUCACGACAUAAUAAUAAUAAUGACUAAUUUUAAAAAAUGCGUGAUGCAUUAUUCUUUUGUUGCGGUGCUAUUAUCCAUAAAAAGAUGCAGCAGAUGAAAACAGAAAUAUUAUUUUCAAACUAUCUCUCUGUUACUUUCUGCUUCUCCUCUUUCAAAUAAUUAAGUUGAAUGUGAAUAUACAAUAAUUAAUUCUUUUAAACUAGUUUUGCUUUCUUUCUUUCAUUUUGUUUACUGCUCGUAUUUGUGAAUGAACAGCAUUAUUAUUAUUAAUAAAACCAAACACUUUCUUGGCCAUCAUCAUCACCAUCGCCG